GGUCCCCUCGAAUAAAAACACAUGUCAUUUCCAUGGCAAUGUUUAAAGCCAAUCAAAAUCUAUAAACCUUUUAUUUUUUUCGACCUGAGAAAAUAAAAACCAUACACACAUACAAAUUCGUCUCUCUUUCUUCUCUUUUCCUCAUGAGCAGCUAAAAAGCUUUGAGAGAAGAAAUUGGAAAGGCCCUCCAAUGGCUUUUCUGUUACCAAAUCUUUCUCCCUCCCUUCUCCAAACCAAAACCGGCUCCAAAGAAAAACCCAUUCAGCAACCACUUCUUUUCCAAAGUCGAAAACUCUUAUCUCAAGCUCUAACUGUUCAAUCCCCAACACUUCAUGGCUUCCAGGUUAGCUCUCCCUCACUUCUACAGGACAAGCACCAACAUCAGCCUCAACAAAGAGAUGAGUUUUAUGUCAACCUUGGACUUGCUGUUCGGACUAUUCGUGAAGAUUUGCCUUUGCUUUUCACCAGAGACCUCAAUUAUGACAUUUACAGGGAUGAUAUUACUUUUGUAGACCCGUUGAAUACAUUUUCUGGUAUUGAAAACUAUAAAUCGAUCUUCUGGGCAUUGAGGUUUCAUGGUAAAAUAUUGUUCAGAGAGAUUUCCCUUGAAAUUUUUAGGAUUUGGCAACCUUCUGAGAAUGUCAUAUUGAUUAGAUGGAACAUGAGAGGUGUCCCUAGAGUUCCUUGGGAGGCUGAGGGCCAGUUUCAGGGUACUUCAAGGUACAAAUUAGAUAGAAAUGGGAAAAUCUAUGAGCAUAAGGUUGAUAAUUUAGCAUUUAGUUUCCCACAGCCGCUUAAUCCGGCAGCCUCGGUGUUGGAUUUAGUUGCUGCUUGCCCAGCAAGUCCUAAUCCAACAUUUUUAUGGGACCCUGUGGAUACGUAUCAAUCUUCUUGGGUCGAGUUUUAUCGUGCAGUUAGAGAGACAUUGGAUCGAGAAGGAUAUUUGCUUUCUCAAGAUGGUUUGGCUACUUGUUCAUAGCCUGAGUUACUUCAUACUUAAUGUAUAUGGUGAAAUUUUACAAUAUAUACUUGUAUAAGCAAAUUACAUUUUGUAUGAUGGAUAUGGAAAUAGCUAGUAAAGGUUUUGUUGAAGCAUAUAGUGUAUGUACAUAGGCGGGAAGGCUGGAAAGUUUCAUGCAACUCUUGAGUUGCGAGAGGAAGAGAAUCUUGGGCAUAUUUGGUUCAGCUCUUACAAGUCAAUAUGUAUGUAUACAGAAUCUUAAUCUAUAGAGUAGAGCUUAUAUAUUAGCUUUUUGCAUAAUUGAGUAUCAUAAUUUGCUUUUGGCUUGAGUCUUCAUGUUGUUGUUGCUUGCAUUAAGACAUAAGAAGGGUAAGGUGUAAUGGAUGGAUAACAGGCAUCCUUUCCAACAAGCUGGCUAUUUCGAUGAUUGAAAUUUAGAAGGAAAAAUCUUGUAUCAAAGCCAUUGUUCUAAUGCUUUAUAUGUAUCAAUGCUCUCCAAGCUCAUAAAAUACAGGACAUAGUUCUAUGAGAAGUGGAAACCUUUGAUGUGUGGUAUUCAUUAUCAUAUUAUCAAUAAUGAUGUGUAGGAACAACAU